AUGACCUUGUGUGCAUCAGAUGUUUGUUGUUUGAUGCAAGUUGAUGCAGCUUCUCCAUCUGUAUCUCAAAAACCAUGUAACAUGUUUCUGGAGAAUGAUAGGAGAAAAAUGAAGGCUCGAGCUCCCCCUCCACCAAGUCAACCUCUUGCUGCAAGUCAAAUUCAGAGUGAACAGAAGUCACUCUCAGAGCUGGGAGUAAUCCCUGAUCAGAGCCUGGUGACCAUGAAAGAAAAUCUGAUAAACAGGACAGUGGACUUCACAGUCGUUUUACCAAGUGGUGUGGAACAGAAGAACAAUGUACAUGGGAGUAAAGCCGUGAUGGAUCUGUUGGUGGAUUUGUGCAGCAGGUACCACUUGAAUCCAGCUCACCAUACUCUUGAGUUGAAGGCUUGUGGGAUGGAACCUUUGAGUUAUAAGCCUAAUACUUUGGUUGGGGCGCUGGAUGUACAGACAGUACUUCUGAAGGAGAAAGUUCCUGAAGGGAAGACAAAACGACCUCCACCUAGGAUCCCAGAGAAAUCCAUGAGGUUGGUAGUGAAUUACCUGAAGACACACAAGGCUGUGGUUCGAGUUAGUCCCGAGGUGCCUCUGCAUAGCAUAAUCCCAGCCAUUUGUGAAAAGUGCGAGGUCAGUCCAGAGCAUGUCGUCCUCCUGAGGGACAAUAUCACCGGGGAAGAGCUGGAACUUACGAAGUCGUUGGACGAGUUAGGGAUAAAGGAAUUGUAUGCCUGGGACAGGAAAAGAGUUCUUCCAUCAAAAACUCAGUCUGAACCUUCUCUAAGCUAUAGAGAAACAAGUCAAAAUUCUUCAAUAAGCAACGACGCAACAGAAAAAGAAAAGAGAGGAUUUCUGGGAUUUUUCAAAGUUAAUAAAAGAAGCAGCAAGACAGAAGAUCGUUUGAGGCUGGACGGUAACUAUGGGGAUGAGGAUGGUUUUAGUUCUGCAACUGCUAGUGAAAGGAGCUUGGAUGGCUUUGCAACAGCUCCAAAUUCACCUUCAGUGAAUUCACGUUCCAUUACGCUGGGUCCAUCACUAUCUCUUGGCAACAUUUCAGGAAUGACCGCCAACCCAGAAAUUAAAAAACGCAGAGCACCUCCUCCGCCAGUGGCAACACCCGAUUUGCAAAGUAUGGAGACAAGCGGAGUAGCAAAGACAACAAUGCAGAUUCCACAAGGGGCAUCACAGAAUGAUUUACAGAAAAAAAAGAGACGUGCCCCUCCACCACCGACUCCUCCUGUUCCUGUCAUGCCAAACAGAACAGAAGAAAAGGAAGACAAGAGGAAGAGCACAGUGGGUAAUGGACGACAGGUGCCACAAAAGCCUCCUAGAGGCAACACACGUGGUCCACCCCAGUUAGUGAUUCCCCCACCCCCACCUUACCCUCCUCCUGAUACAGACAUUAUGGAUCCAACUGACUAUUACAGUGAAGCACCAGAUGUUACAGCACCAACAAACCUGGUACCUAAACAGAGCCUGCAGCUCGCACAUGAUAAUAUUUAUGUUGUGGAUGAUAUGGUUUUGGAACUAUCAGAGGUAGAGGAGACAACAUCAGUAAGCAGCUGUUUUGCAUCAGAAGACACCACUGAAGACUCAGGUGUUGUGAGUUCUCCAUCUGAUGUCGUAUCUUUGGAUUCACAAAAUGACAAUAUGAAAUUGAAAGACAAGCCAGUGAAUGGUCAGGAGGACUCUGCUGAAAGGGACGGAACUUACGCAGCAGAGUUGUGCUCUGUGAGGAAUACCUCCUGCGAUAGCAAUGAUUCUGGAAAUGCUCAACAGAGUAGCAGAGAUGAAGAAACGACUGCAGCUAAGAAUGACAAUGAGGAUGUAUUCAUUGCGGCACGACUCCAACAGACUUUGGCUGAAAUGGAUGAAGAUUUAGAAGCAAUGGAAGGUAUACAUUAUGAAGCAGAUAACGACUCUGUAUCAAACCACACAAAUGGGGCGUCUAGCCCACAUUUCAGCGAUGCAGACACUGCUCAAGAUGCUGCCUUUGUUGUUCCAGUAACAAUUAUAGAUGAGAUUCUGGAUAUUAACGCAAUAGGUCCAAUUGAAGAUGAAGAGAAUGCAUUACUCCCUAACGCAGAUGAUGAAGAUAUGUCAGCUGAUUCCAUUAAUUUAGGGAACUUUACAAAUAAUAACAGUGCAGGGUCUUUUGAUAAGAAACAUGUAGAUGGUGGAUCUCUGAGCAUAUCCAUGGACUUAAUUCACCAGCAGUCCUCUGACGAUGUAUCUAAACCCCUGCCCGUAGAACAGAGGCGAGAGAUGUUUGAAUCUCUUACAUCCUCGUUUGAAAAGAGAAAUGAAAACAACCUGGGACUGGAAAACACCUAUAAAAAUGGUGUUAGUUCUGAGGAAUGCAAACCCAUUCUGAUUUCUUCUCACCUCAAGCCUAAGACUCUCAUCCACAUAGCAAGAGAGAAAACAAAUCCAUGUAAUGAACAAAAUAGUCAGGAAAGAUUCUUGAACAAAAUGAAAACAGAAUUGGAAUUCAAUCCCCCAUCAACCAAAACAACUGAGGAGAAAGAAGAUAUCCUGUCACCACCUCUGUGGGGUCAUCGUGCCCCUAGUUCUGUAACAAGCUAUGAACCUAAAGUAGGUCUGACAACCUUUAAAGUUGUCCCUCCCAAACCUGAAAUAAAAUACUUCGAUAGAGGUAAUUCUUUCUCCACUGGUGCCAUUAAGAUAGAUGACCUAGGCAACUUGAUGAUUCCAAAUGCUGGUAACAAGAACACGUCAGAUAUUUCUUCCAAUGAAACUGAGGGACCUCUUAUUGGGAGAGUAAAGGAAUUCUGGAGGUCAAACUCUUCAGGAAAACAAUCUGACAAGUCUAUAGAACAUAAUUCUAAAAAGUCAAUAGUCACUGUGAGCUCCCAACCCUUUAAUUCAAAAUUUGAAAGCAAACCUAUCUCUCUAACAGAUCCAAAACCUAUACCAUCGCAACCAGUUACUUCAAAUGUGGCUGAAAGGCAUUUUGAGUUCGAAAGAAUCAAACCACCUGUGCCAGCCACACAGUCUCAGGUAAAAACGUCAGUGUCCCCAACAAUUACCAAGGACAAGACAGAGUUCCCAUUUCUAAAACCUUAUAAAAGAACUUCAAGCCAUUAUGUUGCCUCUGCCAUUGCAAAACGCCUAGAUCCACUUACAUUUAAGACUGAUUUGAUAGAGAAGCAUGAUAAAGAGGAGAAUAAUCAUGAAGAAAAAUUGAUAAAAACUGGAGCAGAACCUCUCCCCAAAGGAUGCAUUAUUAUGGCCAAAAACAGCCCUAUGGAAAUAAAACCAGCAGAAAUGAGAGACUCUUAUUCAAAUAUUUUUACUUGCAGUCACAAAGCAUCAAAUAGCAGGUUGGCGCUUGGUGAUAAUUCUGCUGUGAAAAACAAAGCAGUGAACAUCAGGUUACUGAAUCAGACAACCCCUGUAGGUUUCUAUAAACGGAGUAUCAGUGUACCAACUAAAUCUUCUUCAGCGGAUAACAGGACUGCAGAAGGCGAUCACAGUUUUAACAGCAAACAUAGUAUAGUUGAUAAAAACACACAUCCUUUGUCUGAUCAGAAAUAUGAGAAGACAGACCAUACUAAUUCUUUCUCAUCGUUCACAUCACCUGAUCUCCCAACACCUACAUCCUCUUCCAGCUCAUCGUUAAGGCCCACUAAAUGGCAUCCUGCGAACAAUAUACAAACUAAAUCUUCAGAAGCAUUGUCAGAGCUAAAUAUUACGCCUGUGAAUAACCACGUCAUUUCUCAAAGGGAUGAGAAGCCUGACAGUAUAAAUAAAUCUGAUGUCACUGUACAGACCGAUAUCUUUGGGCCAAAGAAGAAGUUUAAACCCAUUAUCCAGAAACCAGUUCCGAAAGAUACAUCUCUGCACAGCACUUUAAUGGAAGCCAUUCAGACUGCAGGAGGAAAGGAGAAACUCCGAAAGAGUUCAGACAGCAUGAUAAAUGGAAGUCAGAAGAAAUCCUCAUAUGCCGAGCCAGAGAAUGAGCAUUCAGCCCUGCUGGCAGCAAUCAGAGGCCACAGUGGCACCUCAAGACUAAAAAAGAUCUCAUCAUCGGCCUCUGAAGAGCUGCAGAGCUUUAGAAAUGCAGAACUGUCCUUGCGAAAUAAAGAAGCCUGUCAGGCAGAGCAACUUUGGAUCCCCCCUCCACCUGUCCUGCCGCCGCCACCACCUCCUCCCAGCCACAAGUCAAUGACAGCUCCUAAAUUUCCUGUCACUGCUACAAGUAACCCUGGGGAGGCAAGGGAGGCCCUAAUGGAGGCUAUUCGCUCUGGAGCUGGAGCAGCAAGGUUAAGAAAGGUAAACGUGCUCAUCUAUAUUAUCAGCCUUUUCGCUGAAACAAGCUGA